AUGUCCAUCGGUGUAUCUUUUUUAGCAUCUCCUCGUUCCAUGGCGUCGCUGCGCUCCUGGGGCGCGGGCGCAGCAGCAGCAGGAGGAGCAGGAGCAGCACCCGCGAGUCAAGACGGCGGUGGGUUCUCCUCUCCGCUCGGCGCCCGCGCCAAGCCACCCUCGCCCGCGCCAGAAUUCAACUUCCACACCCCCUCGCCCUCGCACCACCGCGCACCCUCCCCCGGCGGGCUUUCAAACCAACAGCAGCAGCAGAAUGGGUAUCCUUCCACCUCCGCAGUAAGCGGUGUCUCCGCGAGCCCGUGGGGAAGCAUGGUGGUGGGCGCGAACGGGCAGCCGCAGCGAUGGCUGGACGCCGCUGGUGUGCUGACCGAUGUGGAGGAAGCGGGGAGGUUCUUAUCGGAUCUGCUCGCGGAUGACGUGGCAGCAUCCGCACCAGGACACGUGGCAGCGUCAGCGUCAGGACAUUUAGCGGCAGGCGCCGCCGCGGGGGCUGGGUCAGGGGGCGGGGCUUUGGGUUUACCGGACCUGCAGGAGGAUCUGGAGGCCGGCCGGCUGUCUGCUUUCCAGCCGUAUUCGAGCCCGCCGCUAGAGUGGCCGGCGGCAGUGGAGCAGGUGGGGUUCGAGGAGCUGCCUGCGGAGCUGAUCGCGCGCUACAACGCGGCGGGUGGCCAGGGCUCCGCGCUCUGCGGACUCUUCCCCGCUGCGCGGCUCGCAUGGGCCACCGUCAACAACACACUUUUUCUCUGGCGCCUGGGGAACAGGGGCGGGAAGUGUGUGCAGUUUACGUGGGAGCAGCACGCCAUCUGCGCGGUGGGGCUGGUGAAGCCGCGGCCGUCCGUGUUCAUCCACGCCAUCCAGCACCUGCUCGUGCUCGCCACGCCCUUCGAGAUUCUUCUACUCGGCCUUUGCUCCCGAGGAAGCCCCUCCCUCCUGUCCCGCGGGGUUACUUCAGCAGCAGCAGCGCCAUCGCCCAGCCUGCAAGACACAUCCUUCUUCAACACCCCUCCUCCUCCCACCUCCUCCUUAGCAGCAGCAGGAGCAGCAGCAGGGGAGGGAGAAAGGGGGGCAGGGACAGGCGCACAAGGGCAGGGGCAGGGGCAGGGGCAGGGGCAGGCGCCUCUAGACGAGAUAGUCCUGCAGCCGCUGCCUGAUUACGUGGUGAGCAGCGACAACGUGGCCAUGACGUGCGUGGCAGGGACGCCAUGUGGGAGGAUCUUCCUGGGCGGGCAGGACGGGCAUGUAUAUGAGAUGGUGUACAGCUCAGGGUCGGGCUGGCAGCGCCGCUGCCGCAAGCUGUGCCUCACCAACUCAAUCACGGCCAUGAUCUCCAAGCUGGUUGUUCCCUCAGUGUUCCGCUUCUCAUCAGCCAGCCCAGUGGCAGAGCUACAGGUGGACGUGGAUCGGGCCAUUCUGUACGCGCGCACGCUCGACUCGCGCCUGCUCGCCUUUGACCUGGGCGCGGACGGCCAGCAGCCCGCACGCAAGGUGGCCGAGACCUCCCACGUGGGGUCCCUGCGCGAGUAUUACCGCGAAGCUGGUUCUGCUGGUGGGUUUGGAGGGGGAGGCUUUUUUGGUGGUGGUGGGCAAGGGGUUGGUGGAGGAGCAAGAGCAGGAGCAGGAGGAGGGAGAGGGGGAGGGGGGCGAGUAGUGCCGGCUAAGGCGUCUGUUGUGUCUCUCGCUCCCACGUCUGUAGCCGAGUCUCGCUCCAUUCAUCUUGUAGCUGUUCUAUCCGACGGCCGCCGUGUGUUCCUCUCAACGUCCCACACGCCCUCGCACUACCGCAUCCCCCGCCCUCUCCCUCCCCCCGGGCACUCCACUCCCACCGCCUCCUCUGCGGCGUCUCACCACACCCACAAGCACCCGCGGCCGUCCCAGCUCAAAGUUGUUUGUGCUCGGGCUGCCCCUCCACGUGGGCUCCCCAUCUCUGCUGCUGGAUCACCCGCCGCAGCAGCAGCAGCAGCCGCAGCAGCCGCAGCAGCAGCGAGCGCGGCAGGGUACGGGUCUCCCCCAGGCGCCGGCCUUCCAGGAGCUCCUGGGUGGGGUGGAGCAGGGAGAAGCAUGGGAGUGGGGGGGGGAUUCUACGAUGCGACAGGAUCGGGGCGGUAUGGCGCAGGCAUUCCCGGUGGGGGGUUUCCAGGGUCUGCAGGAGGAGGAGGGCUGGCAGGGAUGGGCGCGGCAGUGGGGCUGGGAGGGCUGGGCGGCUUUGGAGGGCUGACUUUUGGUGCGGAGCAGGCUCUCAUGCUCCGGGUGGAGGCCGCCGUGUGCCAUGCCGGCCAGCUCUCCCUCUCUGAUGCCUCUCCUCCCCUGGGAUCCAUGGCCGCUGCUGCUGUGACCCCUCCCACUGCCUCGCAGCUUGUUAUCUGCCUCAGGGACCUUACCAUUCCUCCCUGGUCCCCGGGAUUGUAUGCUACUUCUGCUGCUGUGCCUGGCGGUGGUGGGUUUGGCUCCUCUCCCACCCAUCACCAGCAGUACCAGCACCAGCAUCAGCAACAUCAUCACCAUCAUUAUCAGCAGCAGCAGUUUGGAUCGCCUGCACCAGCCGCUGCUCCUUCAUCCCCCUUCUCCUUCUUCUCACCCUCCUCCCAACAGCAACAGCAGCAGCAGCAGCAGCAGCAGCAGCAGCAGCAGCAGCAGCAGCAGAGGGCAUUCGGGUUUAGCACGCCUGUAGCAGCACCAGCGGGCCUGGGCUCAGCCGCCAGCCCUUUUGCACCCCACGCAGCACCAGCAAUGGGAGCAGCAGGAGCAGGCGCAGGUGGUGCAUACGCGUCAUCAUCGGCGCAUCCCCCUCGCGGUUUACGGGAAACCGUGUCCAUCGUGCCCCUGGAGGGCCGUGUGCUCGCAAUGGCGGAGCUCCUCCCCCCUCUCCUCCUCACUGCCGCCUUUGACGUUGCCUCAGCUCCUGUCCUGGGCGCUCUCCCCUCUACUGCUCUCACUGCUUCCUUCCCUGGUGCUCUCACUGCCUCUUCUGCUGCUGCAAAUGGCUUCCUCCCGCCUGAUUCCCCCUUUUCGGGGACAGCAGGGCGAGGAGGUGGGGCGGGAGCGGGCGCAGGAGGAGACGGAGGGGGAGGGGCAUUGGGCUGGUUACUCUCCGGAUCGCCAGAGAGAGCGCAAGGAGGGGGAGGGGGAGGGGGCGGAGGGUGGGGAGGAUGGUUUGGAACCCCUGGGAAGGGAGGAGCAGGAAAGGGGGGGGCAGCAGGGGACGGAAGCAGCAUGGGGGGCUUGCGGCUGAAGGAAGGAGGCGGGGAGGAGGAGCAGCUGGCGCGGGCGCGGCGGCUGUGGGCUCGGGGGAUCCUGGCGACUCAACACAUGCUUCCGCGGCGGUCCCUUGUGGUGCUAACAACCGUUGGGCUGGUGAAUUUCGCAGUGAACCGCCCUGUGGAUGUGCUCCGGCGCCUGCUGGAGCGAAACGCGCCGCGAGCAGCGGUGGAGAGCUUUUUCGUGCGGUACGGCAGCGCGGAGGCUGCUGCCAUGUGCCUGCUGCUGGCGGCGGGGAUCAGCCCGUGGAAGGAAGGCUCAGUGGCGGGCAAUGGGGAGGAGAGUGCUGGUAGAGACAUGAUGGAUGGGGAGGAUGGUGGCGGCGCUGCUGGUCGGUGUGGCACUGGAGGAGGGGAGAGGCGACGUGGCAGGGUGGCAGGCGGGUGGGAUGGGGGGAUGGGAGGUGGUGACGGGAGGGGGAGAGCGGGGGUUGGUGGGAUGGGGGGUGGGGGAGCAGGGGUGGGAGGGGGGGUGUCAGGGAGUGCAUCAGCAGUGUCUGUGCUGGUAGCAGAGCGAGCAGCUCAGCUUCUAGACGACCCUCGCUUUGUGGGACUCCCUUCUCUUCAAACUCUUCCCUACGGCACUCCUCCUCCUCCUCCUCCUCCUGCUGCUGCUGCUGCUGCUCCGGGUGUUGCUCCCGGCCCUGCAGCAGCAGCAGGAGUGGCAGGAGCUCCAGGGGCCGCGUUUGGAGCAGCAGCAGGGCCAGCAGGGGCGGGAGCUUGGGCUCGGCCGUACGCCCCUUCCACCCCAGCUGCCCCCGGCACCCCUGCUGCUGCUGCUGCUGCUGCUGGUGGUAGUUAUGGCACAGCAGGGGCAGCAGCUCCCGGCUGGGCUGGGUUUGCAGGGAGGAUGGGCAUGGGGGCAGGAUGGGGUAACGCAGCAGCAGCAGGAGCAGCAGGAGGAGCAGAAGUGCAGGUGGUAUAUUCCGGCGCGUUCCAAGGGCUGUCAUUAUGUGUGGCCAGGCUGCUAGGGCCUAUAUGGGACCUGCCUGUCCUCUCGUCGCCCUCGGGCUCUAAUGUCGGAGCCGUUGCUGCUGCGGCUGCUGCUGGUGGGCACUCAGCUGGUAGUGCUGCUGCAGGGGCGUCUGGUGGUGGCAGUGCCAGUGGUGCUGCAUCUGCUGCCCUCUACUGCAGCCUACCAUCGGAGGUGCUAUUGCUAUACGAGACCAAGACGAGGCUGCUCGAAGCCUUUCUGCGCUCGCGCCGGGACCACCGCCGCGGCCUCUACGCACGUGUCCUGGGCGCUGGUCUCCUGCCCGCCCUCCCCUCCUCCUCCUCCGCGCCCUCUGCUGCUGCUGCCGGCGCAGCGGGAGCAGGAGGGGGACAGGUGGGAGGAGGAGCUGCGUGGCAUGGGACUGGGGAGCAGGAGAGGGGGCGUGCGGGCAGGGACAGAGGAAUGGGGGUUGGAGGAGGAAGGGGAGGGGAAGCAGGAGGGGGAAGGGCAGGAAUGGGUGGGUACCCGGAGGUGGGAUCUGGGGGAGGGUGGAUGUCUGAAGCAAUGGACGCAGAGGGGGCGUUUUCCAAGAGGCAGAGGCUGGCUCCCACUGCCGCCCAGCUCGCCGCCCACGAGGUGCGCGCCACGGAGGGCCUGCGGCGGCUGCUGCGGCGCACGGCGGAGGCGCUGAGGCUGCUGCACGUGCUGUCACAGCACCACGUGAUGCGCCUCGUGCACGCGCUGCACCCCUCGUGGCACGCGCUGCUCGCCUCCCUCACCCUGCACCACCUCGUCUGCUCUCCCGCUGGGGACUCCGCUGCCUCCCAGCUCAUCGCUGCUCUACUGCAGUACUACACAACGCCCAGUGCGCGCGGGUCGAUGGAGGACAUGUGUGCGCGGCUGCGCACGGACUGCCCGUCGUUCUUCUCGGACGCGGAUCAGACCUUCUUUGCUGCCGUGCAAUGCCUUGAGUCCGCUCGUCAGGCUGCUGCCGCCGGUGAUGCCGCCACGCGCACGCGCCUCGCCAGAGAGGCCAUGGCGCUGCUCGCACGCGUGCCUGAGACUGCUGACCUGCUGUCUGUGUGCCAGCGCUUUGAAGACAUCGGGUUCUACCAAGCGGUGGUGGAUCUGCCUCUGCGCAAGGCACGCGCGCUGGACCCCAACAACGACGCCACCAAUGCCCGCCUCGACCCGGCUGUCCGAGCAGCCGCCAUGCAGGCGCGGCAGCAAUGCUACGACGUGGUGGUGGCGGCAGUGCGCACGCUCAGUGGCCAGACUACAGGGGCCGGCGUGGCAGCGCGCCCUCAGUUUGGCGUGCCACGCCCACUGGGAGCAGCGGCACUGACAGAAGAGGAGAGGGAGCAGCAGCUGGUGGCGGUGGUGCGGCAGGCGGUGGCAUGGGACGAUGCGCUCUUCCACCGCCGCCUCUACGCCGCACUCAUAGCCCUGGGGCUGGACUCGCUGCUCAUCUCGCUCUCUGCUCCUGACGUUGAGGACUUUCUCCGCACGGCUGGGGCCGACGUGGAGCCCCCUGACGAGCAGCUGCAUGUGCGGUACCUCUCGGUGCUAGCACGGUAUUACAUAGAGCGGCGGCAGCAUGAGCUGGCAGCGCAUGUGCUGCUGCGCCUCGCAGAGCGCCAGCAGGUGGACGGCGCCCAGCCAGGCCACCCGGGCUUCCUUUCCCUCGAGGAACGGUUUGACGGCCAGCCUUCACCACAGCACGAGGCAGCAGCAACAGCAGCAGGAGCAGCAGCAGGGGGUGCCGGUGCAAUGGAAGAAGGGGGAGACGGGGCUGCAGGUGCGGCAGGAGGAAACGGGGCCGGGGAGAUGGAGGUGCGGCGGCGAGCAGAGGUGGCAGCAGCAGAGCUGCAGAGAGAAGUGCGGAGCAUAACAGACCUGUACAACGACUAUGCCGUGCCUUUCCAGCUGUGGGAGGUCUGCCUGGAGAUUCUCCGCUUCUCCAGCUAUGCAAGUGACGGCAGCAACGGUGUGGAGCGUGCCAUGUGGCGCAAUCUCAUCGAGCAAGGCCUGCAGCAGGGCGGCAUUGCAGAGGCGUGCGAGCGAGUGCAGAGGGUGGGCUCCUCGCUCUCCAUGCGUGGUGGUGCUGGCAGCGCUGCUGCUGCUGGUGCCGGUGGUGCUGGUGGCGGUGGUUCGGGAGGCAGUGGGGGCAGUCUUCCUCUGGAGUUCCUCUGCCUGCUGCUGGAGCAAGCAGCACAGGACCUGGAGGCGAGAGGCGAGUCCUCCCACGACGAGAUCCCCCGCGCCCUCAUCUCCGCUUGCGGCGGCGCAUACGAGCCCGUGGCAGCAGCAUACUCGCAGCUGCUCUCGCGUGCUGCCGGCCCACUCUGCCAGCCGUCCCUCCGCCUACGCCUGCUGCUCUCAGUCCUCGCUGUUCUCAAGCAGUGGGCUGCAGCGCUUGUCGAUGCCGACGGGGGGCUGGGUGGGGAUGGCGGUGGGCGGGGGAAAGCGGGAGGUGUGGACGGGAGUGAGUUCAUGGCUAUGGAUGGGCCGCGCAUGGGCGAUGGGAUGAGCGCACGUGCCUCCAGAGCCGUGCUUGUCAGCGCUUGCAGCCGGUACAUGGGGGAGGUGCGGCGGCUACCGCUGCCCCAGGACACAGCAGAGCAGCUUAUAGCAGAGUUGCGCCAUGUGGAGGCAGCAGUGCAGCGCCCCCUGCCCUUCUUCGGCUGA